AUGAACAUAAUUCACAUGAUGAAGAAUUCAAUUGAUUUGAGUGAAAUAUCAUUAAAUCUAAUACAGUUUCAUUUAAUUAUGCAAAUUAUAGUUAUAAAACAUUCAAUUUUUAAUGGUUCAUAAUAAAUUCAUUAUUGUAGUUUUAUGGACAACUUUUCAUAAAUAAAUUUGGAUUCAAUUAUUGGAAAUUUAUAAACACUUAUAUCUUAAGAGAUUUUUAAAAGAGAUAAUUAAGUUGAAAAAUCUAUAUCUGCUAUUAAUUCAAGUGAAAUGAUAAUUAAAAUUUAAUUAGAAUAAAAUUAAGAAUUAUAAAAAUUAUUAAUGAUUUUGAAUAAGUAAAUGAAUAUUUUCAAUGUUUUAAUGAUAUGA